UAGGCAGCGGCCGCCCGGCCCGCGCUGUCCCCGCCUCCCGGCCCGCCCUCGCCGGCCGGAGUGAGCGACCGCCAGUCCGCGGAUCCCGGCUCCUGUCCGGGCGCGCGCAGCUAGCGGGCGCGACUAUGCUAAGAUGGUCCUGCAGGCGCGGAGCAAGCACCGGGACGCGGCUUCCAGGCCGCCCCGGCCGGCCCGCGCAUCACCGCCGCCAGUGAGCGGGGCAUCCGAGGUGGGCGCCGGGGAGCCGGGGCCGGAGCGCGCGCCGCCGUCGCCGGGGCGCAGAGGCGCGGCGGGCAGGAAGGGGCCCCGCGCGGAGACCGCUGCGCCCGCCCCGGACGGCCUCGCGGGCCGCCUGGCGGCCGGGCUGCGCUGGGCGCUGGGCCUGCGGCGCGGGCGCGGCCGGACCUGGAGCACGCUGCUGCUAGCUUCCUUUGCAGCCCUGUUGCACUGGAGCCACAUAACGCAUCUUUUUGAAAAUGAUCGGCAUUUUUCUCACCUCUCAACCCUGGAAAGGGAGAUGGCUUUCCGCACCGAAAUGGGGCUGUAUUAUUCUUACUUCAAGACUAUUGUGGAAGCACCCUCAUUUUUGAAUGGAGUGUGGAUGAUAAUGAAUGACAAGCUAACUGAGUACCCACUUGUUAUUAACACAUUAAAAAGGUUCAAUCUUUACCCAGAGGUGAUCUUAGCCAGCUGGUACCGCAUUUAUACCAAAAUAAUGGAUUUGAUUGGUAUACAAACCAAGAUAUGCUGGACAGUUACCCGAGGAGAAGGACUCAGUCCCAUUGAAAGCUGCGAGGGAUUGGGGGAUCCUGCUUGCUUUUACGUUGCUGUAAUUUUUAUGUUAAAUGGAUUAAUGAUGGCAUUAUUCUUCAUCUAUGGCACAUACCUGAGUGGCAGCCGACUGGGAGGCCUGGUCACAGUGUUAUGCUUCUUCUUCAAUCAUGGAGAGUGUACCCGAGUGAUGUGGACGCCUCCUCUCCGGGAAAGCUUCUCAUACCCAUUCCUUGUGCUUCAGAUGUUGCUGGUGACUCACAUUCUCAGGGCUUCAAAACUUUACAGAGGGAGCUUGAUUGCACUCUGCGUUUCCAAUGUCUUCUUCAUGCUUCCUUGGCAGUUUGCCCAGUUCGUGCUUCUGACUCAGAUUUCAUCAUUAUUUGCAGUGUAUGUUGUGGGAUACAUUGAUAUUUGUAAAUUACGGAAGAUCAUUUAUAUACACAUGAUUUCUCUUGUGCUUUGCUUUGUGUUGAUGUUUGGGAACUCGAUGUUACUAACAUCUUACUAUGCAUCCUCUUUGGUAAUUAUUUGGGGUGUGCUGGCAGUGAAACCACAGUUCCUAAAAAUGAAUGUAUCUGAACUUAGUUUAUGGGUUAUCCAAGGGUGUUGUUGGUUAUGUGGAACUGUUACACUCAAGUAUUUGACUUCCAGAAUCUUCGGCAUUGCAGAUGAUGCUCAUAUUGGCAACUUAUUAACAUCAAAAUUCUUCAGUUACAAGGAUUUUGAUACUUUACUAUAUACUUGUGCAGCAGAGUUUGACUUUAUGGAAAAGGAGACUCCACUGAGGUACACGAAGACACUGCUGCUUCCUGUUGUUCUUGUCGUGUUUGCCGCAAUUGUUCGAAAGAUUGUUAGUGAUAUGUGGGGUGUCAUUGCUAAACAACAGACACAUAUGAGAAAACACCAAUUUGAUCAUGGAGAGUUGGUCUACCAUGCUCUGCAACUGUUAGCCUACACAGCGCUCGGUGUCCUGAUCAUGAGGCUGAAGCUCUUCCUGACACCACAUAUGUGUGUGAUGGCGUCCCUGAUCUGCUCCAGACAGCUGUUUGGAUGGCUCUUUGGCAAAGUGCACCCCGGUACUGUUGUCUUUGCUGUAUUAGCAGCAAUGUCCAUUCAAGGCUCAGCAAACUUACAAACCCAGUGGAACAUUGUAGGGGAGUUCAGCAAUCUACCACAAGAAGAGCUCAUAGAGUGGAUCAGAUACAGCACAAAACCAGAUGCAGUGUUUGCAGGCGCCAUGCCCACCAUGGCGAGUGUGAAGCUCUCUGCUCUGCGGCCUGUGGUGAACCACCCACAUUAUGAAGAUGCAGGUCUGAGAGCCAGAACAAAAAUUGUGUAUUCGAUGUAUAGCCGCAAAGCAGCUGAGGAAGUGAAGAGGGAAUUGAUGAAAUUGAAAGUGAAUUACUACAUUCUAGAAGAGUCAUGGUGCAUAAGAAGAUCCAAGCCUGGGUGCAGCAUGCCUGAAAUCUGGGAUGUGGAGGAUCCAGCCAACGCUGGGAAGACACCCCUGUGUAACAUCUUGGUGAAGGAGUCCAAGCCUCACUUCACCACAGUGUUCCAGAACAGCGUUUACAAGGUCCUAGAAGUUAUCAAAGAAUGACUGCCACGUGCACCGGCUACAGAGACCUCAUCAGCUGAUUAACCUCAGUGUGGAUUGCCCUUGAGACUGGAGUCCUCAGGGAUGGCUUCUGGUUCCCACUCCUGGCAGCCACAGAAGAGCUGUUCUCUUUCUGCCUUCUUACCAGAGCCCAAGGACGAGCUUGUCUGGGGGAAGCGCAGGCUUGCUCUUAUUGGUCACCUGCAAAAGACAGCAUGUGAGACUGAUUGUGGCCUCCCUGUCCCCAGAGCCAGCCUCACCUCCCAGGGUUGCCCUCCCUGGAGCUGCCCAGGGACUGUCAUUCCCAGUGUCAAACACUCGGACUGUGCCUCCUCACUUGGAACUUAGUUUUGUUUAUAAGCUUUCACCAACUCAGUAAAUAGGGAAGCGGCUGGAGAUAGGUGGGUUAGGAGUUGCAGUGAUGGUGCAGUAAUGCAAGGAAGUGGAAAGCGGGCUGUUGAGGUUGGAGAGAAAGAGUGGGCAUGGGUGUGAAGGGGCAUGCACACCUGCCCUGCUCAUCCGCACUCAUUCUGCAGCUUGAGGUGGCUGGUGUGUGUAUACAGCAGUUAGAUUUUUUUUUUUUUUAAUCACCUUUUUAAAGUUCUUUUCUAUCCUUACCCUCUAACAGUUCCCUUCAUAAUAAGUUCAUGUGUAAUGAUUGGAAAUUCUGUACAGAGAAACAAAACAUUAAAAUACUAUUAGAGCCAGUUCACAUGCUGGGAAACAUUAAAGUAGUAUAAAUUAGCUCUUUGCAGAAGCCUUUUGUAACAGUAUUUCUUAAUGUAACUCCACCAGCAAGCUCCGCUUGUAUUUUAGGCAAGUCAGCUUGGAACGGAGGCCUUGGGGGUCCACUGCAUAUUUAGCCUCCAGCACAUCUAGUAGCAGCCGGUGCUCUGCGGCAUAAACACUUUUAUGGCGACAUGGAGCAGUAAUAGAUUCUGUGUAGCUGACAAUGCAGCAUUAAAGCUCAGUAUUUUGCAUAUUUUUAGCAUUUACAAAUAUUUUUGCUUUAGUGUGAGGAAAGUAAAGAAAGACAGGAGGCGAUUGAAAUAGUUAUUAUUGUGACAUUUAAAAAAAGCUGGGUAAUACUUCCAUAAAAAAUAAGCCUCUAAAAUGCCUGACAGAAAAUGUGUGCUGUUCAAGUAGGCCAAUAGCAUUAAGGAGAAAACAAAAGGAUGUGUCCCAAAUAAAGUGGUAACUGCAUAGGAGUGUUGUAUUUUUAUGAAUUUUAUGCCCCUUGUUUAUAUGUACUAUAUAUGUUAAAUAAAAAAUACAUGAAAAAUGUACAGUA